AUACUUUUUUAAAUGAAUGUACAACAUAAUAUAAUGAUAAUAUUUUAAACAAACAUAACUAAAUAAAUAUAAUAAAUAAAAUUAUUUUCUUGAUUAUUGCGAAUUUUUCACAAUAUAAUUUCAACUUUUUUAGUUUAUCUUUAUCAUGUCUAUAUUUACGAAUAAAUUGUUAUUUAAAAAAUAUAAUCUAAUUUCUACAUAUCUAAAAUUUUUGGAACUCUAUUCUUUAAUUACUAUAAUUAUCAGGAUUCAAAAAAGGGCUGGACUGUGCAAAUGGUACAUCUGCAGUUCACACUAACCUUCAUUAAAUGACCUCGGCUGAGUUGAUGGACGAUAAUAUCAAAUUUGAUUCCAAAACAUUGGCAUUAUCAUUACAAAAAAGAAUAUUAACAAAAAUGAUGUCAUCCAACAAACGCGUAAUUAAAAUGUUCAUAGAUGAUAAAGGAGCCCACCUGUUAGACGCUUUUUAUUCUAUUUGUAAAUCAGCCCUAAAUAGCAAGAAAGAGGCUGAAACUUUGAUCAAGCGAAUAAUCAAAACUUCAAUUAAAGUGGGAAUUCUGGCCAAAAAUGACGUAUUCGAUGAAAAAGAGUUAGAAACGGGCUAUAAAUUUCAAUCAAUCUUCAAAACAUUUGUAUUAACUUUAGUUAGCUUCUCGGAAGUGGAGUACAGUUAUGAUAGAGAUUAUUUAAUCACCUUGCUAAUUGAAACAAAAAGUUUAUUAAAAUCCCUAGUUAAAUGUCAUUUAACGCCGAAAUCGUUAGAAAGAAUAGAUUCCAUUUAUAAACUUUUUAUGGACCCAGUGUUUUUGGACAACAUUUUUGUCGAUAAAAGUAAAUGUGAAGUUGACAACACUUUAGUUAUCACGGGUGAUAGAUAUAUUAAUAAUGAUGACAUUUUACACGAUGAUAUCACGAUUCGACAAAAUAUAGAUUCGAGGUUGAUCACUUUUAACAACUCGCCAAAGACUAAAAAAUUUAUACAGGCACUGAAAUGUGUCGUGGAUGACUUUUAAAAAGUCAAAAUUUGUAUUAUUUCUUUUUUUUAAAACCAAUUGAUCUCAAUUAAAUUUAAUUGAUCGCAUAUUGUAUAAUGUCUAAACUGUUUCCGUUAAAACUCAAUAUUAGGACAAUCAAAUUUUUACUUAAAGAUAAAUAUAUUUUGCCCAUUUAAUUCUAUCAUAUUAUAAAUACAAAUACUUAUUGUAUAUAGACAUUGACAUAAUGGUAAAAAGUUUUUAUUCAUUUUUUUCUAUGUUUUAUAUUGAUAAAUAAAUAAUUUUUCAAUAAAAUCACCCAAUAUCAUGUACAUUUAUGAAUUAAUAAAUUUAAAAAAAAAUUCUAAUAUAAUA